GCGGAAGGGAAUCGAACCGCGGGUGUGUCACGUAGCCCUAAGAAAUGGCGAAGGAGAUACAGGAUCAUCAGUUCCAGCGCCUUCUCCAGAUCUUUCCAGUCGUGCGCUCCCGUGACUACUGCGAAGAAGAUCGGCCACUCUCGACGCAAUCUCUGGACAAGGACAAGGAUGAGAAUGGAACACAGGGAACUACACACGGAGCAUUCUGGGUGAAGGUGAAAACUCUGGCGGAGCCAAAGCUAGGAAAGGAAGGGGCGGAACGUUUCUGCCAAGCGUUCCGGCGGGUGCACGAAGAUCUGGUGUUUAAGAAAGUGGCCGUGGAGUCCAUUUGCAAGAUUCUUAAGACCUGGGAACCAAGAAUCAAGUCGCAGUGACCAAUCCUAUGUGGUUCACACGUACAAUUAUAUAAGUUUGCUAGUCUCGCCA